GAUGAAUAAUUCGAAACCAACAUAAUUCAUGUGUUUUGAGAUUUGGUGCAUAAAGAGGACAAUAAUAUUUUUAUUUACAAAAAAAUAUUGUAAACUCGUCCAAAAUUUCAACAUUAAAAUUGUCUUGAUUCAAUUUUUCAUUCUAAUUAAUGGGAUUAAUCGAUGAUGAGCUAUCAGAAGUCAGAAAACUUUGUGAACAUGUCGUCCCAGGUACAAAACUCGUGUCUUGUGUGCGGACAAUGGUUCGGGCAGAAAUAAAAAGAACAGACUAUAAAAAACUUGUUGUGUGUAUUCAAUUUAGAGAUGACUACCCGAAAACAUUGUUGCUUUUAGAGCUAAAGAGCAAAACGUUGUCCGACAAGUUACUACUAAAACUUACCGAUGUUUGCGAACAAGAAAUAAAAAAGUAUUUGGGGAAGCCCCAGGUGCUUAAUACCAUAAAAUUUUUACGUAAUUUCCUUGACGAAAAUCCUCUCUCUUGUUGUUACGAUGAAAUAAGUAAUAUCCGGAAGUUAUUCCAAGCCGACGAACUAAAAUUAAAACAAAAAAGCUCAACUGUUGUUUUUAACCUCAAAAACGAAGAGUAUUAUUUAACUUGCAGAAUUUUUGUUCCAGAUAAUUAUUAUUUAUCAGCUGUAGAAUUACAGCAAGUUAAUACAAACUUCUCUCCAGCUUUGCAACGUUAUAUAAUUUCUCAAGCUCAGGAAAUUGCUAGAAAGUGUGUAGAGCCUCCUUUAAAGAAAAAACCUCGAGAACCAGAAUUUAAACCUGUUCCAUCUCUUCAAAAGUGUGUAGAAUUUUUGGUUGAUUGCAUAAAAAGACUUCCAGGGGAACAUUGCCAAUUUUGUAACAAAAUUUGUUUUCCUUCUGAUCCAAAGUUGCUUGAAAAUGAUGAAAAUUCACCCAAGCAUAUUGAGAGAAUAUACUGCGGGCAUUUGUUUCAUCAAGAGUGCUUUUUCAAUUACAUGAAACAACCUCCGUUUGGUAACAAACAUUGUGGAAUAUGCGGUAAAAAAAUUUACCACUUCAAAUGGUCCCUGUCAGAUAAAUUGGCCGAAGAGAGAUGGGCACAUGAACAAGCCAGAGAAAGGGAACUGCAAGAGGUAGUGGACUUUUUCGAGUAAACGAAUUUUUCAUUAGCAAUAGGAAAAAGAAAAAUAUAUAUAUUACCACUUUUAUAUUGACUAUUUUAAUUUAUUUACACGUUUUUAAUGGG